GUCACAUCUCUCCAAACGCCCAUCAAACUUUCACCACAGCCUGUAGAGAGGACCCAGUCCUCUGAAAGGGGCCUGGCACACACAAGGACGCGCCGGAUUUGGGGCAAACGGCUGGACGGCGAUGGAAACACUUCUGAUGAUGACUUUUGGUACUGUUUGACCCGACCGUGAGCGCGCCCCCCUCCCCUGAAAGCUUCCCACUCAGUUUUCGCGUCCUUUUUGCGGCACAGCGAGGGAUGGAACAAGCACCAAGCGCGCCGAGCCCUCCACCAAAACCGGCCCACCAUGAGCCCAUCAGCUUCGGCAUUGACCAGAUUCUGGGAGCCGGGACGGAGCCGGAGAGCGGGCGCACGGCCGGGAGGCAGAGUGGAUCCGACCUGAGCAGCGGGGACGGCUACUACAGUUUAGGAAGCCCGGCUGGGGCCAGCGCGCCCUCGUACACCGCGCUGUCGAUCUCCCUCUCCGGGAUAAUGCCUCCGGUGGAAGCGUCGGGCUCGUACGGGGAGAGUCGGAGUUUGGGCAGCCGGGGUGUGAUCCGAGUCCCAGCCCACAGACCUGUCGCUGCCCCGGGGCCCGCGGCCCCCGUUCAGAGCGCCGUUCCGGGCUUUGGAGGUCUGUGCUUCCCUUGGAUUGGAAACAGGUUCGCCAAGGACAGAAUAUCAGCGGCUCUGGUGCCUUUCGCCGUGACGCGGCGGAUAGGACACCCGUACCAGAACCGGACGCCUCCUAAGCGGAAAAAACCCCGCACCUCCUUCUCCAGGGUGCAGAUCUGCGAGCUGGAGAAACGCUUCCACCGGCAGAAGUACCUGGCCAGCGCCGAGCGGGCGGCUCUGGCCAAGAGCCUGAAGAUGACAGACGCGCAGGUCAAAACCUGGUUUCAGAACCGCAGGACCAAGUGGAGGAGACAGACAGCCGAGGAGCGGGAGGCGGAGCGGCAGCAGGCCAAUCGGCUCAUCCUGCAGCUGCAGCAGUCCGCCCUCCAGAAGUCCCUCAGCGAAUCCGCCGUGUCGGAUCCUCUGUGCGCUCACAACUCCUCCCUGUACGCGCUGCAGAACCUCCAGCCCUGGGCCGAGGACCGGGAAUAG